GCGGAGGCAGGAGGCCACACACACACACACACACACACACACACUGGAGGGAACCCCAUCAGCUGUGGCGAGAAGCAACACAGCUUCAACUUACGUGUGUUUUUGUGAGCGCAGCUGUCGACCAUCCACACGCUCCUGCCGCGGGAUCUGCAGACAUGCGCCGCUGAGGAGAAGCGUGAGAUCCGUGCGGGCGAGGACCAGAACAUCACAGCGUGUGAGCGAGGGACGCGGUGGAGGGAGAGGACACGGAACACACGGGCUUGGAGACGGCGGCUGUGAAAGCAUGGAGUAUUUCAUGAUGCCCACCGAGAAGAUGUCUUCCUUGCAGCAGUUCAAGAAGACGGAGAAGGACGUGAUCGGGGGUCUCUGCAGCCUGGCCAACAUCCCGCUCAGUCCGGAGACGGCCCAGGACCAGGAGAGACGAAUCCGCCGCGAGAUCGCCAACAGCAACGAACGCCGGCGAAUGCAGAGCAUCAAUGCCGGCUUCCAGUCCCUCAAAACACUCCUGCCCCACACAGACGGGGAGAAACUCAGCAAGGCGGCCAUCCUGCAGCAAACAUCGGACUACAUCUUCGCUUUGGAGCAGGAGAAGACACAGCUCCUGGCACAGAACAACCAGCUCAAACGCUUCAUCCAGGAGUUCAGCGGUUCGUCACCAAAGAGGAGGCGAGCGGAGGAGAAGGAUGAAGGGAUCGGCUCUCCAGACACUCUGGAGGAGGAGAAGGUGGAGGAGCUGAGGAGGGAAAUGUUAGAGCUGCGACAGCAACUGGACAAGGAGCGCUCGGCUCGUAUGCAGCUGGAGGAGCAGGUGCGCUCUCUGGACACCCAGCUGCACCCAGAGCGUCUGAAGGUGAUCACCCAGCAGGUGGAGGAGGAGCAGGCGCUCAUCCAGAGCCAGACGCUGUUACGGCUGCAGCAGAUCCACGCUGCCGACCGGCAAACACACAGUCCGCAGGUGCUGGCUCCUCCCACUCACCCUGCCCCAACCCAUCACGCCACAGUCAUCGUCCCAGCUCCGACACUAACCCAGCACCCCCACCAUCACGUCACCGUGGUGACCAUGAGCCCGUCUGCCCACACCAGCACUGUCUCCACGUCCAGACAGAACCUGGACACCAUUGUGCAGGCCAUCCAGCACAUUGAACGCACUCAGGAGAGGAGAGCCAGCGCUGAGGAGGACCAGAGAAGAGCCGUCAUCGUUAGCCCCGCCCACGCGGCCAUGGACACCGCCUGCUCAGACACAGACACCGACACGGAGGGAGAGGACUGCUCAAUGAACUGACCCACCCCCCCAAACAGACACACACUCUCUCUCUCUCUCUCUCACAAACACUUAAAAUGCCUACUCACUGUAAAAUUCCCUCCAGGAGCUUGACUACUUUUUAAAAAGAGAAUUUGUCUUUGGCAUUAUCCAAACUCCUACAUCCAGUGGUUAAGCUCAGUGUCAGUCUUGUACUGUAAAAUCUCUGAAGAUUGAAAACAUAGGAUGGUCAGCGUGCGCAGGAGGCCCCGUGGGAUUUCUCGAGGCUGUUUUUAGUGUCUGAGCCGGUCUGUCGCUACUUGAAAACGUUAGGGUCUCCGCUCGUAAACAGCUAUCAUUCAUCCGUCUGCCCUUCUUUUUUGUGUUGGUGUGUGCUACCGUCACAGCAUCAGUUACCCGUCGUCUCUGGCACGCUGACAGUAUUAUUUGUGCUACAUGUUAAUGGGUUUAGUGUAACGGAGAGUUGAAUGUAACGACACAAUAAGCAAGCAGCUCUUGAUUCUGUAAAGGGAUGUGAAGUGGCAGUUAUUUCUUCCCCUGUCUUGACCUUGUUUGUCUUUAUUCCCCUUUUAUGUCCUUUCAAACCCGACAAACAACAGAGGGCAUUUCAAAAUUUAAACUUUUGGGAAAAAACACACUUAAUCACAAAGUUAAAUUGAGGAAACAUGGAAAGAAAUUCCAUCAGAUUUACUUGAAGAAAAAAAAGCCCUUACAAAAUAAGCUUUUGAACAAUAUACAUGAAUCAUCUUUUGGUUAUAAUGUUGUCCACGUGUUUGUUAACUUUUUUCCUUGUCAUUGUUACUGAAUGUUUAAGGUGAACGUUUUGUUAUAACGAGAUUAACAACUUUAAAAUUGGAGGUUUGGAGGCCUUCACAUGAAUUAAGAACGGUUUCAACCACAGUCGGCCCAUUCAUCUGGUAUUAGCUGGUGAUGGUGGUUGUAGCUCCCCUGACUUAAAAAAAAAAAAAAAGAACCAAAUUUUGGUUUGUGACUUGAAAACAUUUACCAGCAUUUUGUAACCGACUGGCGUUGAUUUUUAAUCAAUUUCAUACAGUCCCACUGAAUACAGUUUUGAGAAAAUGUAAAGUUCGGCUGAUGUUGAAAAUCUGAAAAGCAGAUUUUGAGGAUUGACAUGCGAACGAAGCAUGAAGGCUUCCAGUGUUCCCUCCAGACUUCAGUCUUAUCUUCUGCUCUUGGUUUGUAGAUUUUAGUGACUAUGCACUAGAGUUUUUUGCUAUUUAUGCAAACCUAUCUUCAGUCCAUUUGUCGGUGCCAUUUAUACACGAGGUGAAGUUAUCUAUGCACCGUUGGUAGGUGUGUACAUUACACCUACAGUACAUGUAUGAAACUUGAUAUGCUUGUAUCAAAGAAUGUAGGCGUCUCUUCGUGCAAAGGGGAUUUGUCAACCUGGUGCUCCACAGACGAGCAGUGAACCCAAGGCCAGAACUAUUACGUAACUUCACACUUAAUCAUGUUUCCUGAAUUUGUUGUUUCCAUAUUAUGGAAUUAAAGCAGGGGAUCAGGGUGGAUAGAAAAAUGGCAGCACAUUCUAUGUUGAACAUAAUAGGUUAACUUCUUUCUGAACUCCAUCCCAAAAGCAUCACUUAACAAAAGAAAACUGUCAAACAAGGAUUCAGCAGCUGAAGUUAUUAGUUAUUAACUAAGCACGGUGAUGAUAGGUCGAUGUAUGUUUUCAGUGCAUUAAAUGCCCCAAAAAAGCGCUCCUCCAUCAUUGAGACGGAAAUAUAAACCUAAAGGACUGAACUGCAGAUUUUCCCCUACAAACCCCAUCUCUCUGUAAAUCGCACCGAGUCUGUCCACCUCAUGUUUCGUCGUUUGUAUUUCUCCCGGGAAUCUGACUGGAAAUCCCUGCUCCGGGCGUCUCUCCUGUCACACUCGAUUUGAUUCGCCGACUUGAUGCUGUAAACAUUCCUUUUCUUUGGAUUUAUAUCUUGUCUUUUGAUCUCUUUACGUCUUCUGUUGCCAAUUGAAUGCAUGUUACUAAUUGCUGUUUCCUCUUGUCUAAAGUGGGAUUUUGUUUUGACAUUUUUUGUUUAUUUUUUUUAUGGGUUUUCCAUAUUAUUUUUUUCUAUAAUCACAUGACUGAUGCGUUCAGUGUGAAACUGUCUUGUGUGGACGCUUCAGUCGCUGACAUCAGUUUCUAUGUCUGGUUAGAUUAGUGUCUUUCAUGCCAAACCAGGAGGGAGGGGCUCAUUUUGUUAAAGCGCUUGUUGUUCUGCAGACAGAAGUUAAACCACAGCCGGAGAGUAGCUGAGGUUUGUUGUUGGUCAGAAAAACACUUGUACUUUGUGUUGCAGCACUGCUGUCGUUUGGUGGAACUUUGCGAUAUUUGAUAUGAAGCACUUGCUGUUCUGUACUGCCUGAAUCAAUGAUGAGGAAGGUCGUUUUUUUUGCCAUUUAUUUUUCGUAAGCCCUUCGCUGUGACGCAAUUUCACAUCUGUCUAUUGUGUUCUGCUUUUCUGACUUUUUCAUUCGUUUGUAUUGGUCCCGUUUUCCAUUUUUCGGUGACGAGCUAUUUUUUAUACAUUUAUUUGUGAUUUCUGUUUUGUUUUAUUUUUUUCCAUCAGUCCAGGUCGAUGAGAAGCUGUUAUAUUUUGUUUAUAAAAAAAAAACUUGGGUAAACAGA